AUGGUUGGUAGUGGUGUAGAUAUCAUGAAUGAGAUCGAAUUUGUAUUGAAAUUCAAAACCGAUUCCUGGAUCGGUAUUGGUUGGAAGCCAAAUGAUUCCAAUGAAUACUGUCCCUCUUGGCAAGAACUCGGAAUUCAAAGAUUUUGGAAAGAUUCGCUGGCAACAACAUCUUACGGGUGGCCGUCAGGCGCAGAGAAACAGGAUGGUAUUGUUUCAAAUGAAGUUCUGCCGUCGGUACCAGUAGAUGCAGAUCGCUCAUCGGAUGCUCGCAAUCUUACUCUUGCAAUUACAAAAAUAUGCAAUGAAAAUGAAGAAUUUACGAACUGCCCGGAAUUUACGCGUCAGUGUGAAGCAUCUUGUGAUUGGACAAGAUUUCCGGAAACGAUCCCAAACUGCCCGCGUUCUUGCGGUACACCAAAAUGUGUUUGUAAAGAAGGAUAUGUUAGAGCAGCGAAUGACAAUGAUACAUGCGUUCCGUUUCAUUUCUGCUCCGAUGAGGUAGGCUUUUUUUGA